AUGUUUCCAACUCGACGUUUAGCCCAAGGUGGUUUCUUUAAACGCAGUGCCGAUGAGUUCGGCCGUCUAUCAAAGAUUGCUUGGAACACGGAAGCCCUCCACACCCCGACCAAACCUUAUACCCUCUUGAAUUUCGAAGAUGAGAGCACCGUUAAAGGAUGCAAGACCAUGGCGGACCGUGCCGUAGGAGGCUUUAGCACAGCCAGCCUAGACUACGAACCUGCUGAACCUUCUUCAAAUACUCCCUCGCAUGCCCGCUUCCACGGUAGCAUCUCAACCAAGCUUCCUGACAACUGGCGCGUCGAAAGAACCGGCUACGCCGCGUUCCGCAACCAAGAUCGAGGCUUCUGGCUCUUCGGUCGGCUCUUCUGGGACGUCGAUCCAUACGCGUAUCUUGCCCUGCGCAUCAAGUCCGACGGCCGUCGGUACACCGUCAACGUGCAGACAGACGCGGUCGUCGAGACGGAUAUCCACCAGCACAGAUUAUACACGCGACACCACCGCGUACGCGACACACCAACAUCAGAGGACUAUGAAUUCCAGGCAGACUCACCCGACGCCGUUGAGGACUUAUAUCCUACCGGCCUGCCCGCUGCGCUUUCAGACGUCCCACCUGAAUCGACGAUCAUUUCUACCUCUACUAGUACAACGACGUCUGGCUCAAAUGGAUGGGAGACUGUUCUCUUGCCUUUUAACUCGUUCGUGCGCACGAAUCACGGCUUUGUCAUUGAACCUCAGACUUCUUUGACUCGGCAGCGUGUUAAGAGUAUUGGUAUUGGUCUUACGGACCGUGUUGAGGGUCCGUUUGAUCUACGCAUUCAUAAGAUCUGGGCGACGAAUGGCAUUAGUGAGGCGGAGGUUGAAGAGGAGCGCCGUAUUUGUGGUGAUAAUGCACUGCCUCUCGAUGAGGGUAUUAGCUCUGGUUGGACUAACCAACCCAAGGAGAAGUCCAUCAGGGAAGAGAGCAAGCAGCAGGACCGGGCUUCGAAUAAGAAGGGUCUCAAGGGGUUGAAGUCAGAGUGGGAGGAGUAA